AUGGCUUCCAAGCACCAUCACGGGCAUCAUACUGCACACGGAGAUCACCAUGGUCACACUCAUCAUGUAAACGGCGUCGCGAACAAGAAGGCGACGAUGACGGUCGACAUCCCAAAGGCUGGGAUAUCAGAGACUGACGCGAUUAGAACUCCAAAGACACCUCAGGAUGAAGGGAUUAGCUGGUUUGAGUCUUCCUCCGCCAGAAGAGAACCCGUUCAGGUAUACGAGCUCGUUCUCGAAGCAGACGGUGGCCCAAACAAGAAUCGCGCGUACACGCGUCUUCCGCCACCAUCGUCGCCCUACAUCCUCAGGCUCACGCUCGAAGCCGGCACCCCUGCAUCCAAGAGUGGCGUCCUCAAGACAAACUUUCCUCUGUACGGUGGGAGCUUUGAACGCACCAAGUUUGUUGAGAAAACUCUCCCCCACGACUUUUCCAAACCGAUUCAGAUCGACCUCCCUAUUUCUUCGGCCGGUGUAUUCGUCUACUGGAUCGAGUACGAUGGAAAGAAUGGUGAACGUGUCAAGGGACGUGAGGGAUACUUCAAUAUCGAUCCUGUUCUCCGUGCACCCAAGCGAACUCCCAUCCUCACCGCUGAUGGCUGUCUCGAACGGCCUGGAUCUGGCGGAGCAACCACCAAGGAGACGACUCACAUUCCGCUCGACGGACUUUCCAUCCUCACCCUCGUGUCAAAGUGGAUGGGCACACUCGAGGAUUGGAGUUCGUUCUACAAAGAGGCCGCUCAUCGUGGCUACAAUAUGAUCCACUACACGCCACUUCAACAACGCGGACAGUCGAUGAGUCCAUAUUCCAUCGCAGAUCAAAUGGCCUACGACCGCUCGCUUUUCCCUCCUUCAUACGAAGGAAACAAAGAGCAGGGUACCCUUGAGGUUCUCAAAACCCUCAAGAAAGCAAGAGAGGAAUAUGGACUCAUGAGCCUGACUGAUGUCGUCCUCAAUCACACGGCAGACAAUAGCGACUGGCUUCAAGAUCACCCAGAAGCUGGGUAUAGUCCAAUGAACACCCCCCAUCUCACACCAGCACUCGAGAUUGACGAUGCUAUGAUCGAAUUCUCUGGAUCCUUAGAGGCAAAUGACUUGCCUACGGUCAUCAAAUCUCAAGGCGACGUCGACAUGCUCGUUGAUGCUUUUGCGGAUGUUCUCAAUUCGCGAAAUCUAUGGCAAUACUACGUCAUAGAUGUGACCAAGGAGAAGAAGGCUGUCAGACACGUUCUCACGACCGGAACCAUUCCACCUUGGGAUGGACCAGAUGUCAAUGGCAAGUCGGCGGUCGAGCUCGCGAAACUGUUGCGCAGCCUGGAGAAGAUUGAGAACCUCGGAGCGUUUUCGUCUCGUUUCUGUGUGACCGUUCAACCCGAGUACGCAGCAUCAAUGCUCAAGGCGGCCUAUCCGGAAUGCGAUACUGCCAUGUGGGUCGAGACUUGGGGCAAGGUUUUGGAUGUAGUCAACGUUCCACUUUACGAAGAGUGGAAAGAGGACACUCGAGUCGCUCUCGAUAAUAUCAAGAACCGCGUCAAGUACACACGACUUGACCCCAACGGGCCAACGUUGGGCCCCAUUUCCGCAACUCUUCCUUUGGUUGAGACAUAUUUCACCCGCAUCCCUCACAAUCCAAGGACUGCUAAACACGAUCCUCGAGCGUUGUCCGUCGCCAAUAAUGGAUGGAUUUGGGAUGCAAAUCCAUUGCAGAACUUUGCUCUUCGACCAUCCAAGGCGUAUCUACGUCGCGAGGUGAUUGUCUGGGGUGACUGCGUCAAGCUGAAUUACGGAAACGGCCCAGAGGACAAUCCAUGGCUCUGGAAGCACAUGACUGAGUAUGUCACCUUGCUCGCCGGGAUGUUUGAUGGAUUCCGCAUGGAUAACUGUCAUUCGACGCCACUUCAUGUUGGUGUAACGCUCCUUGAUGCUGCACGAGUCGUCAACCCCGACCUGUACGUAUGUGCAGAGUUAUUCACGGGAAGCGAGGAGAUGGAUAUCACUUUUGUGUCUCGCCUCGGUAUCUCUUCGCUCAUUCGUGAGGGAUACAACGCUUGGGAUCCCAAGGAGCUGUCGCGUCUACUCUAUAGACACGGCGUUCGCAAGCCAAUCGGAUCUAUGGAUGGUGCUUGUAUGACGAGUCCUGCCGAAAUCCCCCCGCCUACUGGAAAAGGACCAAGCCAUCCUGGUUUCGUGACACCGCUCCAGGGAUCCGCACCUCAUGCACUCUUCUAUGACUUGACUCACGACAACGAAUCUCCUCUUCACAAACGUUCUGCGGAGGAUGCACUCUCGACGGGAGCACUGGUUGCAUUCUCUCAUUGCGCAACGGGCUCAGUCAAAGGGUUUGACGACAUUCAUCCCAAGCUCUUGAAUCUCGUUAAUGAGAAUCGCAUUUAUGAGAUCACCAAUAAGGGUGGCAUUGGCGAGGUAAAGCGUGUUUUGAACAAUCUUCAUACGGAAAUGGCGCUUCAAGGGUUUGACGAGGCGCAUGUGCACCAAGAGAAUGAUUACAUUGUCAUCCAUCGUGUCGAGCCCAAGACACAACGAGGAUAUCUCAUUGUUGUACACACUGCAUUCCACAAGGGAAACAAGGACACCGGAUAUAUCACUCCGAUUCGACUCAAACGUACCAAGGUCAAGUACAUUAUGGGUGCGACCUUGAACGUACACUCCUAUGAUGAUGUGAAGGACGACAAGCUCAUCAAGGGUUUGGACUCCACCCUCGAACUCCUUUCACCAGUGGAAGGGAGGGACGGUUCAGAUGGUGACGGCCCAUACCAGGAGAUUUUCAUUCCAGAAAAGUUCCCACCUGGAAGCGUCAUGCUCUUCUCGACCCAGCUGGAAGGCCUGGAUCCCCACAUGGAUAUGCUUUGCAAAGAGGGCGUCGACGGUGCAUUCUCCAACCUCACUCUCACCGACCUGAACGUGAUUCUGUACCGCUGCGAUGGCGAAGAACGGGAUGCGACCGACGGGCAAAUUGGCGCAUAUGAAGUCCCCGACCACGGGAAGCUUGUAUAUUGUGGGCUCCAAGGAUGGAUGGCUCCUCUCAAGCAUAUCAUGCAGUUCAACGAUUUGGGUCACCCACUCUGUGGCCAUCUCAGAAAUGGAACGUGGGCUAUGGACUACAUUCACGAAAGAUUGGAGAAACAAGUCCAAGCCCUUCCUAAUCUCGCGGCUCCUGCCAAAUGGCUGAAAGACAAGUUUGAACCAGUCAAGUCUAGGGUUCCAGCUUUCCUUCGACCCAAAUACUUUGCAAUCGUGGUCUCUGAAGCAUACAAGGCAGCGAGGCGAGCUGUGAUCGAACAGUCAUCCGAUUUCGUUGCCAGUGGACACUCUUUUACUCAGGAUCUUGCACUGUCGUCGGUGCAAAUGUAUGGCUUGGUCAAGUCGGCCUCACUCGAUCCAGGAAAGGUCGUUCCUUGCCUGGCUGCAGGAUUGCCGCAUUUUACAAAUGGAUGGGCCAGGACUUGGGGAAGAGAUGUCUUCAUCUCACUCCGUGGACUAUUUUUGACGACUGGAAAUUAUGCGGCUGCAAAGGAGCACAUCCUCGCAUUCUGUUCGACGCUCAAGCACGGACUCGUUCCAAAUCUUCUUGACUCUGUACGCAAUCCUAGAUACAACUCUCGUGAUUCGCCUUGGUGGAUGGUACAAAACAUCCAGGACUAUACCCUCAUGGCACCGGACGGUCUCUCCAUCUUAUCAGAACCCGUCAAGAGACGAUUCCCUCAGGACGACACAUGGGUUCCUUGGGACGAUCCAGUCGCAUACUCGUACUCCAACACUGUCGCAGAGAUUAUUCAAGAGCUCCUUCAGCGACAUGCCAGUGGUAUCUCAUUCCGAGAGCACAAUGCGGGGCCCAAUCUAGAUAUGCAAAUGAAAGACGAGGGUUUCCAGAUUGAUAUUCAGGUCGACUGGAAGACUGGUCUUAUUCAUGGAGGCAGCGCUCAUAACUGUGGAACCUGGAUGGACAAGAUGGGUGAAUCUACAAAGGCGGGUACGAAGGGCGUGCCGGGGACACCUCGUGAUGGUGCACCAGUCGAAAUUACCGGGCUGCUCAAGAGUACACUGCGCUGGUUAUCUGAACUUUCCAACUCUGGCAAAUUCCCAUUCAAGGGUGUGGAAGCGACAAUCGACGGCACCUGUCGCCUGGUCACAUACCAGGAAUGGAGCGACCUGAUCCAGGCGUCUUUCGAACAGAACUAUUACGUGCCACUAGAUCCAUCAGAAGACGCUGCUUACAAUGUCAAUCCGGCCAUAAUUAACCGUCGAGGUAUCUACAAGGACGUCUACGGCUCGGGUGUGGGACGUGAAUGGUCAGACUACCAGCUUCGAUGCAACUUCCCUAUUGCAAUGGUGGUGGCCCCCGAACUUUUCGACGUCAAGCAUGCGCUCGAGGCGUUGCACGUUGCAGACUUGGCCUUGAGAGCGCCACUUGGUAUGAAGACGUUGGAUCCAGCUGAUCUGCAAUACCGUGGCAAUUACGACAAUUCAAAUGACUCUGACGACCCGCAUAUUGCUAAAGGUUUGAACUACCAUCAGGGACCGGAAUGGGGAUGGCCUCUGGGAUAUUUCCUGCGUGCUUAUCUCUUCUUUGAAAAGGCAUCCGGUGCACAUUUGGAUGACACUAUCCACCGCCUCCUGAGCGCGCUGUUGCCCUCGCGUCGUCACAUCCAAGAGGAUCCAUGGGCCGGACUCCCCGAGCUCACAAAUGAGAAUGGGGCCUAUUGCCACGACUCUUGUCGCACACAGGCCUGGAGCAAUAGCACGCUUCUCGACUUUUUGCACGACGUUCACCAUCUCAGCACCAAGACCCAAUAG